AGGACGAAGAAGAAUUGAAGGCGUGGCAACACAACCAACAAAUUAUUGAAGACGUUGUCAAAUUAUUCUUCCAUUACACUGCGGGGUAAAAUAUAACUAUUCAUAAUUUUUCAUUGCAUUCUGAAAUAAUCCUCGCGAACGAAAUGUCGGUGCAUUUUGAUGAGAGGAGCGGGUUAGUUCCCUGUCAGACUAGCUGGGGCUCAUGGAGCCAAACCAUGGAGGAGGUAUUCAUCGAAGUCAACGUGCCGCCUGGGACGUCGGCAAAAGAAGUCAAGUGUCAUUUGGGAACCAGAGACGUCGAGCUGAACGUCAAAGGGACAGAAAUAAUGAAGGGCAGGCUAUUCGGUGCAACUGUGUCUGAUGAGGCAACGUGGACCCUUGAGGACAAAUGUCUCAUUCGAAUUGUCCUGAUGAAGACAAACCGAGAGGCGGGGAACUGCUGGUCAUCUUUGUUAGAGGGAGAAUACUGCGCUAAUGCUUGGGUCCAGGACCAGAUGCAGAGAAAGCUCACACUCGAGAGAUUUCAGCGAGAGAAUCCUGGAUUUGAUUUCAGCGGUGCAGAGAUUUCAGGAAACUUCGCUGGCGGUGGUCCCGACUUUUCCAGUUUACAAAAGUGACCUAUACCAAAAUCCCAUAUUGGGGGGUGUCAGGUUGGUCUAAUGAACACUAUUGUUGGUUUUACAGCACACAGGACCUUCCGGUCCAAUAAUGUAAAGCAUUUCAAUGUCAGUCUUUUCCCCAUGUUAAACAAAAUUGGGCCCAUUAAGCAGAGUAAUAGUUCUGUUCCUUUUUGACACAUGUUGGUGGUUUUGAAACAACAGUGCACUCACAACUUUUCAAUAAAGUUUUAUUGAAAGGUACAAGUCCAUUUGUAGAUUGUAUAUUCAGUCCUUUUGCAAUGUAUUUGUUGGAACAAAGAGUGACACUUGUCAUACUACACAAACAAACAGCAAAAGGAACUGCAAUGCAAAUUCCAAAAUCACGUUUCAGACCAAAACGGUUUCCAACUGAAAUCAGAAAGAACAUGUGGCAUUUCACACUGUGCCAAUAAAUCUAUGAAAUGGCAAAAAACUCAUCCGUAACCACUGUGUCAAUACCUUCAACGUGCUUUAUU